GAUGCGGCUCUUUGGUGCGACUGUGUGUUCCUCGUCCGCGCGAGAGCGGUGUGCUCGGGCUUCUAACUUUCCCCGCGCAGCCGAUUCCCUUCCCGCGGUCGCUGUCCUCCCGCUCGCCAUGGAGUCCUUGGCCUUUCCCCGGCGCCCGGACCCGCCUCCCUCGGCCGCCGCCAGCCUGACCGCGGAGCUCGCCCUGCCCCUGGCCCACGGGCUCAUCAAGUCGCCGAAGCCUCUGAUGAAGAAGCAGGCGGUGAAGCGGCACCACCACAAGCACAACCUGCGGCACCGCUACGAGUUCCUGGAGACCCUGGGCAAGGGCACCUACGGGAAGGUGAAGAAGGCGCGGGAGAGCUCCGGGCGCUUGGUGGCCAUCAAAUCAAUCCGGAAAGACAGAAUCAAAGAUGAGCAAGAUCUAAUGCACAUUCGGCGGGAGAUUGAGAUCAUGUCGUCUCUCAACCAUCCCCACAUCAUUGCCAUCCAUGAAGUGUUUGAGAACAGCAGCAAGAUUGUGAUCGUCAUGGAGUACGCCAGCCGGGGCGACCUGUAUGACUACAUCAGCGAGCGGCCACGGCUCAGCGAGCGUGACGCCCGCCAUUUCUUCCGGCAGAUCGUCUCCGCCGUGUACUAUUGCCACCAAAAUGGGGUGGUUCACCGAGAUCUCAAGCUGGAGAACAUCCUCUUAGAUGCCAGUGGAAAUAUCAAGAUUGCUGACUUCGGCCUGUCCAACCUAUACCACCAAGACAAGUUCCUGCAGACAUUCUGUGGGAGUCCCCUCUAUGCCUCCCCCGAGAUCAUCAAUGGGAAGCCCUACACGGGCCCAGAGGUGGACAGCUGGUCCCUGGGUGUCCUCCUCUACAUCCUGGUGCAUGGCACCAUGCCCUUUGACGGGCAGGACCACAAGACGCUGGUGAAGCAGAUCAGCAAUGGGGCGUACCGGGAGCCGCCUAAACCCUCUGAUGCCUGUGGCCUGAUCCGGUGGCUGUUAAUGGUGAACCCUACCCGCCGAGCCACCCUAGAGGAUGUGGUGAGCCAUUGGUGGGUCAACUGGGGCUACGCCACCCGAGUGUGGGAGCAGGAGGCCCUGCACGAGGGUGGGCACCCUUGCGGCGACUCUGCCCGGGCCUCCGUAACUGACUGGCUGCGGCGUUCCUCCCGCCCCCUCCUGGAGAACGGCGCCAAGGUGUGCAGCUUCUUCAAGCAGCACGCUCCCGGAGGUGGGGGUACGGCACCGGGCCUGGAGCGGCAGCAUUCACUCAAGAAGUCCCGCAAGGAGAAUGACAUGGCCCAGUCUCUCCAGGGGGACCUGGCUGACAACGCUGCCCCUCGCCCUGGCCAGGGCAUUCUCAAGCUGCCUAAGAGCAUUCUCAAAAAGAAGUCAUCUGUCUCCUCAGAGGGGACGCAGGAGGACCCCCACGAGCUCAGCCCCACCCUUGUGAGCCCAGGGCAGGCUGCCCCCCUGCUUCCCAAGAAGAGCAUCCUCAAGAAGUCCCGGCAGCGGGAGUCAGGCUACUACUCCUCUCCCGAACCCAGUGAGUCUGGGGAGCUUCUGGAUGCCGGUGACGUGUUUGUGAGCAGUGACCCCCUAGAGCAGAAAAACCCCCAGGCCUCGGGGCUGCUCCAGCGCAAGGGUAUCCUCAAACACAAUGGCAAGUUCUCCCGCACGGCCACUCAGCUCGCAGCUCCUACCACCUUCGGCUCCUUGGAUGAGCUGGCCUCACCACGCCCUGUGGCCCGGGCCAGCCGUCCCUCCGGAGCAGUGAGCGAGGACAGUAUCCUGUCCUCCGAGUCCUUUGACCAACUGGACUUGCCUGAACGGUUGCCUGAGCCCCCUUUGCGGGGCUGUGUGUCUGUGGAUAAUCUCAUGGGACUGGAGGAGCCCCCUUCAGAGGGCCCCGGGGGCCAUCUGAGGCGCUGGCGGCGGGACCCCCUGGGAGAUAGCUGCUUUUCCCUGACGGACUGCCAGGAGGUGACAGAGGCCUACCGACAGGCGCUGGGGGGCUGCUCUAAGCUCAGCUGAGGGUGGGGGGAGUCACCCAUCUGGAACAGGCUCUAAGAUGCAGCUGGCUGCACCCCAAGGAGAGCGUGCCUUCUCUCCUGCCUCUCAGGGACCAGCAUUCCCAGCCCAGAGAGUUGGGGUGGUUUGCAGUUGCACCCUAGGAAGGGCUGGAUGUGGGAAGUGGGCAAGUGAAGUUGUUGAGGGUUCAGAGUCUCCAGCCCUGUCAAUCCAAGAAAAUACUAUGGGGAAAAGAGUAGAGCAGUAGAGGGGACUGGGAGGCCCCGUGGUGGGGGUCCACGUUCCCUGCUUCUUGCCCAGCAGGGCUGCUGGGAUCUGGAAAGAGCUGUAAUCAGUGCCCAUCUCCUUUAUUGCAGAGAGUAAGUUUUGCUCAUGGGGCCUACCACUGAGGGUGGCCAGCCCCAUCCGACCUCAUCCUGUGCCAGGGUGGGGUUGGAAAGUCUACACACACACACACACACACACCCAUCCACUGAACUGGAAUAUGGCAUCCCUAAGGUGCCUGGGCCACACACACACACACACACACACACACACACACCCAUCCACUGAACUGGAAUAUGGCAUCCCUAAGGUGCCUGGGCCACACACACACACACACACACACACACACACACACACACACACCCAUCCACUGAACUGGAAUAUGGCAUCCCUAAGGUGCCUGGGCCACACACACACACACACACACACACACACACACACACACACACACACACACACACACAUAUCCACUGAACUGGAAUAUGGCAUCCCUAAGGUGGGAAUCGUCUCUUGGACUGAGCCCUUCCUUAUUGAUCCCUUUCUUAUUUAUCCAAGGAGUGAGAGAACACAACCUCUUGUUUCCUCAAAGGUUCUCCCCCUUUACCACCCCCCCCCCAAACCUAGCUUAGGCCUCCUGGGGCGCUGCUAUGACUCUAAAGACUUGAAAAGGCUCAUGCUGCUACAUGGACUUCAUCUCAUGAGGCCCAGCGUCCCCUGUACCCCACCCUGUACCUCAGAGAACUUGUGCCUCCAAGCUGUUCCUGAUACUGAGAAUGGAUGUAUCUGUUUCUCUGAGCUUUCGGGAUUCUAGAAUGUCCUUAUUUAUUUUUAUGGUCUCAGUUCUGUUUUUUUUGUUUUCAAUAAUGUGAAUGCUAAUGCUAUGUUCUGGGGAAGUCCGCUUUGACAUGGAAGUUUUGUGUACAGAGAGAUAUUUUUGCAAUGAUCCCCCACUGAUCAUGGGGGAGGGGGAUCUUUUACAAAUCCACAUACCCCAUCCCAGUGCCUUUGGGGGAUGGGUCUCUGGCUCCCUCUUCCUUUCCUCUGUGGCCAGAAAAAACCUCUCUAUUAAAAACAAUAUAGUGAUCGGAAAA